GGCCGCUCCCGCCCGUUGUCCCUGCAGUCCCCGACGGGAGCGCCAUGGCCCAGCCGCCGCCCGACGUGGAGGGGGACGACUGUCUCCCCGCGUACCGCCACCUCUUCUGCCCGGACCUGCUGCGGGACAAAGUGGCCUUCAUCACAGGAGGCGGCUCUGGGAUUGGGUUCCGGAUUGCUGAGAUUUUCAUGCGGUGAGACUGCUCUGUGUCCCUUCCCUGCUCCUCGCUUCUCCCUGCCCGGGCCCUGCUGGAUGCCCGACCCCUGGAAAGAUGUUGGUGGGAGGUAGAUGUCCCCUGCUCACCUACCCGACAGGAUCCAGGUGCCUGCCAGAGGGACUGGGGAGCGGUCGAGGAUUGCCCUGGGGGGAGUCAGGACUUCGAGGCUCCUACAGGCACGGCUGCCAUACGGUGAUUGCCAGUAGGAGCCUGCCGCGAGUGCUGACGGCCGCCAGGAAGCUGGCUGGGGCCACCGGCCGGCGCUGCCUCCCUCUCUCUAUGGACGUCCGAGCGCCCCCAGCUGUCAUGGCCGCCGUGGACCAGGCUCUGAAGGAGUUUGGCAGAAUCGACAUUCUCAUUAACUGUGCGGCCGGGAACUUCCUGUGCCCCGCUGGCGCCUUGUCCUUCAACGCCUUCAAGACCGUGAUGGACAUCGACACCAGCGGCACCUUCAACGUGUCUCGUGUGCUCUAUGAGAAGUUCUUCCGGGACCAUGGAGGGGUGAUCGUGAACAUCACUGCCACCCUGGGGAACCGGGGGCAGGCGCUCCAGGUGCAUGCAGGCUCCGCCAAGGCCGCUGUGGACGCGAUGACGCGGCACUUGGCUGUGGAGUGGGGUCCCCAAAACAUCCGCGUCAACAGCCUCGCCCCCGGCCCCAUCAGUGGCACGGAGGGGCUCCGGCGACUGGGUGGCCCUCAGGCCAGCCUGAGCACCAAGGUCACUGCCAGCCCGCUGCAGAGGCUGGGGAACAAGACCGAGAUCGCCCACAGCGUGCUCUACCUGGCCAGCCCUCUGGCUUCCUACGUGACGGGGGCCGUGCUGGUGGCCGAUGGCGGGGCAUGGCUGACGUUCCCAAACGGUGUCAAAGGGCUGUCGGAUGUCGCAUCCUUCUCUGCUAAGCUCUAGGAAUCUUCCGGCCGCUGCUUCCCGCCGCCUCACUCAGCCAGGUGGAGAGCACCAAUCUGAACCAGCAAUGCCUGCAGCCCAGCCCCUCCUCUGAACACUCAGCUAUUACUGCGCUUUCCCUCCCCACGGCCCCAACUCCAGGGCAGGAGCAACUGGACAGUGGGCCUGGCCCGUGGAGCUGCCACGCAGGUGCCUGAGGGCCAGGUGCCACGCAGGUGUCUGAGGACCAGGUGCCACGCAGGUGGUGGGGGUACAGACAAGAUGCUGGGAUGUCCCCUGCCCCAUGGUCAAGGGUGUCCUGCCUGCCUGGGUCCAGGGCCUGAGGGAGCCACAUGGAUCCCGAGACUUGUGUUCUCUUGGCUGAAAACACUGAGGUGCUCCCAUCUGUGCGUGGCCCAUGAGCUGGGAUGGUCCUCCAGCUGCCCACAAGGUCCGCCCCUCUGUCUCUGCACCACCUGUUUGCAUAAACACACUUUGCUACAAUCUUGCUAGUGCGUUUUCUUAAAAGAUAAUCUAUUUACUGUAAAAAUAAAUUGGACUUUGCAAAAGCUUUUAGAAGGAAAAGAAAGAGGAUUAAAGAGAAUUGCUGGUGA